AAAAAAAACAUUAGAGAUGUAUAAUCAGCCCAACAUAUCAUACACUAAUACAAAUAGUUUGAAUCGUUAAGAAUUAUAAGAGUUUAGAAACUAUGUUCGCAAGACUGCCUAAGCAAAAAUGGAUGGUACAGAAGAAAAGUAAAGAUAAAUUGCAAAAACUUUUCAUUUAGAUCACAAAAAUUUGAUGUCAUUAAAUUAAAGUCCCUUAUAAAGUAAGAAGUUACACGUUGAUCAUGAUAUAUCAUAACAUCAUCAUUUAGCAUCCUUAUCAGAUUGGAAGAAAUUUGAUAGAUCUACAUCUUAAAGUUUUGUUACCUUUGAUGCCAAUACUUGGAAAGAAGAUUAAAACAGUAUGAGAUAAAGAAAGCUACAAACUCCCUCUUUAAAUGCAUCUGAUUUGAUUAAAGUCAAUAGAACACUUUCAGGAUUAAGUUCAAAAGAAAUCUAAAACUUAAGUGGCCAAUAUUAUCACUAAAUUUAAGAAUUAGAACACACAGUAAGCUCAAUGUUAAGAAGAAUAGAUUUCAUUCAAGCUUCCAAAUCAAAUUAUUGAACAUAUU